UAACAAUACUCCCUAUAUAAGCACACUCUAAAACAACCAUAACAAACCAAAACUUUUCCUUUUCCUCUUCCUCUUCCUUCUCCUCCUCUGUAAUUCUAAUCCCCAAACACGGCCUUAAAACAUCACCAGCAGCUCCUCAUUUUUCGUGAUUCACGCUGUUUACCUCCCGUUGUCCCGCUCACGUAUCUCUCUAUAACGUAUGCUACUCCAACUUCCUUCACGCCGUCAUCGAUAUCCUCUACUUUAUCGCUCCACAUAUACAAAAUCUCUAUAAACACGCCCUUAGAAAUCGUUAGAAUCAAAACCAAUUAUAAAUGUCACGCGUCGUAGCUGACAAUUUCUCGCAUGAUUCCAAUACGGUGACGUUUUACACUCAAAGUAUGGAGCUUGAUCGGUUUCCCUCACGCCCUUCAGCCGGCGUUUCUCCCACUCUUGGCCAGUUGCUUAAGCGCGUUGGUGAUGUACAGAAGGAAGCAAACGGAGACGGAAGUGAAACCCCGGUUCACCAAGUGCUUGAGUUCGGUGAUACGAAUAUGGAGGUGCCGAGGUCUAUUCCUUUCAUUCUCUCAUUUAAUAAUCUGACUUACAGUGUCAAAGUCCGCCGGAAAAUGAAGCUACCGGCUAUUUUCACCCCGCGGCGCCAUCACCUUGGACCUGCUACUGCGGCGGAGCCUGUGGCUGGAGAAAGCCUAUUUACUACAACGAAGACUCUACUCAAUGACAUCUCUGGUGAGGCUCACGAUGGAGAGAUCCUCGCUGUGCUCGGAGCUAGUGGUUCGGGAAAAUCAACGUUGAUUGAUGCAUUAGCGAACAGGAUAGCCAAAGGAAGCUUGAAAGGGUCGAUAACAUUAAACGGCGAAGUUUUGGAAUCUCGAAUGUUAAAGGUGAUAUCUGCUUAUGUGAUGCAAGACGAUCUACUAUUCCCGAUGCUCACCGUCGAAGAAACGCUCAUGUUCGCGGCCGAAUUUCGGUUGCCGAGGAGUUUAUCAAAGUCGAAGAAGAAAAUGCGAGUCCAAGCAUUAAUCGAUCAGUUAGGGCUGAGAAACGCCGCAAAAACAAUUAUCGGAGACGAAGGUCAUCGUGGCGUUUCAGGAGGAGAACGACGUCGUGUUUCAAUUGGAAUUGAUAUAAUCCAUGACCCAAUUAUACUAUUCCUUGAUGAACCGACUUCAGGUUUGGACUCUACUAGUGCUUUCAUGGUAGUGAAGGUCUUGCAGAGAAUAGCACAGACAGGGAGUAUAGUCAUAAUGUCAGUACACCAGCCGAGUUAUCGGAUUCUUGGUUUGUUAGAUCGGUUAAUAUUUCUAUCUCGGGGUCAAACAGUUUACAGUGGCUCCCCGGUUCAUCUUCCGGCGUUUUUCGCCGAAUUUGGCCAUCCAAUACCGGAAAAUGAGAACAAGACAGAAUUUGCAUUGGAUCUUAUUCGAGAGCUUGAAGGGUCUCCAGGAGGUACUAAAAGCUUAGUGGAGUUUAAUAAAUCAUGGCAAAAUAUGAAGCACACUCCAAACACAGAACCGGAGCGAAACGGUUUGUCGUUAAAAGAAGCAAUAAGUGCAAGCAUCUCGAAAGGGAAAUUAGUAUCUGGUGCUACUAACAAUGGUUCGAGCAUGAACUCGAUGGUUCCUACAUUUGCUAAUCCAUUUUGGAUUGAAAUGGCAGUUUUAUCUAAAAGAUCAGUGACAAAUUCAAAAAGGGUGCCUGAACUGUUUGGAAUUAGAUUGGGUGCAGUUUUAGUUACAGGCUUUAUUUUAGCUACCAUGUUUUGGCAGCUAGAUAGUUCACCUAAAGGAGUUCAAGAGAGAUUAGGGUUUUUCGCUUUUGCAAUGUCUACUACCUUCUACACUUGUGCUGAUGCUCUUCCCGUCUUUCUUCAAGAAAGGUACAUUUUCAUGAGAGAAACUGCUUAUAAUGCUUAUAGGAGAUCAUCUUAUGUGUUAUCUCAUGCAAUUGUUUCUUUACCUGCAUUGAUUUUCCUCUCUUUUGCCUUCUCCGCCAUCACCUUUUGGGCUGUGGGGCUAGACGGAGGGUUUUCGGGUUUCUUCUUCUAUUUCAUAAUCAUUUUGGCCUCUUUCUGGGCCGGGAAUUCAUUCGUUACAUUUCUUUCUGGUGUUGUGCCUCAUGUUAUGCUUGGUUACACUAUAGUUGUAGCUAUUUUAGCUUAUUUCCUCCUCUUCAGUGGCUUCUUCAUUAAUCGUGAUCGAAUCCCGUCUUACUGGAUUUGGUUUCAUUACUUGUCUCUCGUUAAAUACCCAUAUGAAGCUGUUUUACAAAAUGAAUUUCAAGAUCCCACAAAGUGUUUCGUAAGAGGAGUUCAAAUUUUCGACAAUACUCCACUCGGGUCAGUACCCGACUCCAUGAAAGUAAGAUUGUUGCAGACAUUAAGUAGUACUUUGGGAAUGAAGAUAACAAGCUCUACAUGCUUAACUACUGGCUCUGGUAUAUUGCAGCAACAAGGGAUAACUGAUCUAAGCAAGUGGAAUUGCUUUUGGGUAACAGUGGCUUGGGGAUUCUUUUUUAGAAUUUUAUUUUACUUCUCUUUGUUGCUAGGAAGUAAGAACAAGAGAAGGUGAUUGAUGAAGAGGAAGUGGAAAAGGAGGUGUGUUUGGCGGGAUGAUGGAUUAAAUAAUUAAUUAUGUGUUUCUUUUUUCAAAUUUGUUUUUGUUUUAAAAAAAUUGACCUGAGUUUGGGAUUCUGGUCUAAAACUGUUUGAUAUAUUAUAUGAAUUUUUUUUUUUCAGUAGUAUAUAUUGUCAUUCAAGUUGUAUUGAAUUAUGUAAUUUCACGACUUUAUACACAAUGUUAAAGUUAUACAGUAUUCAGGGUCUUAUUUGUUAUUCA